AACAAAGCUAUUUUCUUAAAGAGGAGUUCCAUUAUCUGGACGUUACUCAGAUCAGAAAGUUCACGAUAUUUGACAUGUUUCAUUGCACUCUGGCGUGCCUUCGAAAUAAUUUAUGCCUCUCUUUAAACAUGGCCUCUUCUCGUGGAACAGAAGGAAAGCUUUGGUGCGAAUUACUGUCCUCCGAUAAGAACAGAAACGCUGAGAACUACCACAAAAACACGAGUUCGCAUCAUUUUUCCAUUCUGCGGUCUCCAUGUUCUUCAUCGCCGUGUCAAAACGGAGGAACCUGCAUCCCGAAUUUUAACUCCAACACUUUUGAUUGUCUUUGUAAAGAAAGUUUCUUGGGAGAAUUUUGCGAGAAAGCAGUAAAAUCAUGCAAGGAAGUGUACGAAGCAAACAAAUCAAACGUGAGUAGACUGGUUUCUCUUCAUCUGGGCUCACAGCCAACGACAGUUCUUUGUCACAUGGGAGAUUUUGGAUGCGGAGAUGGAGGAUGGACGCCAGUCAUGAAGAUUAACGGCAACAAGAGUACCUUUCACUACGAUUCUGGUUACUGGAGUAAUAAAAUUGAAUACAACACUGCCGGAGGGGAGACUGGAUUCGACUCACAAGAGACCAAGCUGCCUACUUACUGGGACACAUCCUUCUCCAAGAUCUGCCUCGGUAUGAAGAUCGGUGGACAGAUCAGAUUCAUUGUAAUCAAUAUGAAGGCCAGCUCUCUUUACUCAUUAAUCGCUGACGAGAAAUACCGAAACACCUCAUUGGGUCGUGACACGUGGAAGAAGCUUAUUGGCUCAGAGGCCUCGUUGCAGCGUUACUGUAACACAGAAGGGUUCAAUGUUAUCUGUGGUGGGUCUGAUUUUUCCAAAGCAAGAAUCGGCACCGCUACUAACAACCAGGAUAACUGCCUCUCUUGCGACUCCAGGAUUGGAUUUGGUACAGGAGGACAAUAUGAUCCCUAUAACACCUGUGGAAACGAGGCUACUCGUGAACCGGAUAAUGGCGAUAAACACAUUAAAGCCAUGGGUUACAUUUUGGUUUAUUGAAACCAAAAGAAAAAC